CAGCGCUAUUAAUUGCGAUAAUUGGCGCGCUCGGCCGCCUCGACCGAGCGGCGUCAAAUCGUCAUGCAGUCCUGACGGUGUGUUUGAGAAUGCGAAUCCCUCGUACGUUCUCGCUAGCCGUUCUGUGUGGCUACCUUCAUGAUAUUUAUGCCGCCACUUUAUCUCAAAGUAGCGGCUGGCUUACGCGCGAUAAGAGAUACCUGGUGUUUCCGCCACCAGGCAGAGACUAUACUCCGACAAAAGUUCAGUUAAUCCUCGGCCUCGGUUUACCCAUGGAAGUUGACGUCAGCAUGAUUAUCGGCUACGUGAUGAAAUUUAAUUACGUCCUGCCGUAUAACGCCUCGUACUUGACGGAUCCAUACGUCCGCUAUGACAGAUCGAUCAGCCGCCAUGUCGAGCCUGAUGGAAAUGACGCCUCUCCGCCAAAUGCGAAAGCGGCUUUGAUGUCCAGAUGGGAGUAUUACGAAAUCCUCGAGUCGGUCUUCGAGUCUACGCGUUCGGGGAAAGCCUGCCUUUUGAAAGCCAUUUGCGAAGCCGCGGCGGUACCUUUUAGACGGAGCCAUACCCUGACUGCACAGCUCGCCCAUAUUUUCCUCACGCCUUCCACCACAUCUGAACCAUUCAGAAACGUCUUUGAUCAAGAAUAUCGUGCCGCUGAAAUCGCAGGUCAACAAGACUCCAACAGUUGCGACGAUUUAUUUCCGGAGUGCACGGAAAGCCUCUUAGAUUAUUUUACCGAGAUAAAAUAACUAUGUUAUUCCAUUGUCAUUGAGAGAUUUUUAUCUUAGGUUUUAGUUACAUCUUUAUGUUUAAUCAAGGCUAUUAGGAUUUGUGGAUGUCAUGCAAGGAUGCCAUUUUUAUCACGAUAGCAGAAGCAGCAGAGCUUUCCUUCGUUGCAAUUGUAUGAGAAGACAUUAUUUAUCGCAGUAUAUAUUUUAAAACAAAAUAUAUUUUACCGUCUACGAUAUAUUAAAUAAUGAACUUAAGCUAUUAACGAUUAACUGGUAAACGAGAUGACUUUAUCUACCUAUAUUCUUAAAAUCUCAGCUCAAAUUAUUUUAUUCU